AUGACAGAGUCUCACCAACCUGCUAGUGUUAUCGACACUAAAUAUGGUGGUGCUGAGGGUGCCGACGCAAUGUACGUUAAGCUGGUGUCUCAGGAUGAUCACGAAUUUUAUGUAAAAAGAGAAUAUGCGUUGACUAGUGGUACUAUUAAGGCUAUGCUUUCAGGCCCAGGUCAGUUCAGGGAGAACGAAACCAACGAGGUCCACUUCAGAGAGAUCCCUUCACACGUCCUACAGAAGGUCUGCAGCUACUUCGUCUACAAGGUCAGAUAUACGAACAGCACCAGCGAGAUACCCGAGUUCCCCAUUCCUCCUGAAAUCUGUCUUGAACUGCUCAUGGCGGCCAAUUUUCUCGACUGCUGA